GAUUGCUAUUCUAUCGCUCUAUUGACAAGAUCAAACAAAAGCACAAAAAUGAUAAAACAAAGUUCACUAUUAAAAUGGGCUCAAAAUGGGAAUAAAAAUCUAAAUAAUAUGAAGAGUUCGUCGAAAAACAAUUGGAUUCAUCCGCCGGAAGCACUGACCAGAGGACACGUCGCUUACUUAGUGAAGUUCUUAGGCAAUACAGAUGUCGAUCAACCAAAGGGUAUAGAAGUGGUUAAGGAAGGCAUUAGGAAAUUGAAGUUUAAUCAACACAUCAAAAGGGCUGAAGGUAUCAAA